GAAAAAGUCGCCGGAAGUUGUGCGGUCGUCACUCCCAUCGCUCUCCAUCCAUCCAUCCGUGCGCCCGUCCUCCCGCCGGUGUCACUCCGCCGCUGCGCUCAGCUCGUGGGUCGGUGGGAAUCCUCAGGUGAAGAUGAAGGAGAUGAAGGCCGUGUCGCGGAUCUGCUGGUGGCUCUGCUGGUACUUGGCAGGUCUGGGUGCUGUGACUCGGGCUCUGAAGCUGGAGGAGCUGUUUGAGUUUGGAGAAGAAGCCGGAGACCUGCAGCUGCCACCCGGCUCCGACUCCACGGCCGAGCUGCCUCUGAAAGGGUCACUGGUGUACUUGGAGGAAGAAUACGGCACAGUUUAUAUCAACACCAAUGGGUUUGUGGCUGUUGCCGAGCCUCCCGCUGAGGAGAAAUACCUGGGGAAGAUGCCCAGUGAGUUUAAAAUGAUUGCAGUCCUUCUGGGAGACCUGGACAACAGUGACGGACAAGGCAAGGUGUACUUCAGGCAUGACAGCACCCCCAAUAUCCUGGGUCGAGCCGCUGACCACAUCAGGCAGGGUUUCCCAGAUGGUAAGGUAGAGAAGCCCACCAACACCUUCAUUGUUACCUGGGAGAACAUGGCUGCCCAGGGGACAUCUGGACGAGGAGACCAACUGGACACUAAGAGAAUCACCUUCCAGCUGGUUGUGGCCUACACAGCAUCAUCUGCCUGGGCCAUCCUCUUGUACCCCAGGAACGGCCUGCAGUUUCUCUACACAUCAAUAGGAGGAGAAAGAAAGCUGCUCGAGUCUUGCUUCAAUGAAGGCCUGGUGGGCUGGUUCUGGAGAAAACAGGGGCUGUACUUCCGCCUUACCUCUGAUGACGAGGCCUCCAUCAGCCAACUUACCAAAAAGACCAACGCAGCACAGAGUGGAGUUUGGGUGUACAAGAUUGGAUCCUCCCCGUUCUUCGUUGAGAUCGAACCAGGGAAAGUGACUAGCUCUCCUGAGAAUGAGGGUGUUACUAAGCCUCCUGUGACCAUGUUACCAGCACAGACUGAUGAUCAUGUGGGGGUGGACUUCUUGACCUAUACAACCCAGGGGAUGAAGACAGCUGGAACAGAGCAUCCAUCUGAGACCCCCAGCAGCUACCAAACCGGUUAUCCAGAAACCGUCACACCAGGAAACACAACGCUGAAAACUCAGGAGCCCCACUUUGUGGAAUCAGACACUAUUGCACCAGCACCCACCAGCACUGGGACAAUUCAACGAAUACAUCCAACUGAGCAACAUCAGACUGAAACCAGAUACACCACCUCUGAGACUUUGCAACCAAGACACACCACUCCUGCGCCCAGUGAACCCAGAUACACUACAGAGAAGCCGGGGCUGCAACAGCGGCACGUACCAGCACCACCGCGUUCAGCUCCACAGCAUCCUCAGAUCGUUGUGGUCGAUGAAGAUUUGGAUGUGAACGUGUUUGCAUACAAUUUGGAGACGUGUGCCCACAACAGGCACAAAUGCUCAGCUUUUGCUGACUGCCGAGAUCACAGCAGGGGGUAUUGCUGCCACUGCAGGCCUGGUUAUUAUGGGAAUGGGAAGGACUGUGUUGCAGAAGGCAAACCCCAGAGGAUGAAUGGAAAAGUGAACGGCCAAGUGUUUGUGGGAAACUUACCUUCACCGAUAAGGCUCACUAACAACGAUUUGCACUCAUACGUGGUAGCCAAUGAUGGACGGGCCUAUGUGGCCAUCAGCAACAUCCCCGACAGUGUGGGGCCCUCCCUGCAGCUUCUGUCCUCACUGGGGGGAGUCAUCGGCUGGGCCUUUGCCUUGGAACAGCCCGGCUACGAGAAUGGAUUCAGUCUCAUUGGCGGGGUGUUUUCCCGACAGGCCGAUGUGGUCUUCCAGCCGGGCAACGAGCGUCUGAGCAUCAAGCAAGAGUUUAAAGGCAUCGAUGAACACGAUCACCUGGUGAUGAGCACAGACCUGGAUGGACGUCUGCCGGCUGUCCUGUUAGGCUCCACUGUCCAGAUCGAGCCAUACAAGGAGAUUUACCAGUACAACAGAAACUUCAUCAUCUCCUCCUCCAGCCGCAACUACACCAUCACCUCUCCUGAUGGAGAUGUCCAGACGAGAAGCUACCAGUGGCGUCAGUCCAUCGUCUUUCAGACCUGCCCGUAUGAUGAGGCUGGGUGGGCGGGGGCAACGCUGACCACCCAGCAGCUCAGUGUAGACCAAAUCUUUGUGAUGUUUGACGCUAACAACCACCUUAUCCGCUACGCCAUGAGCAACAGAAUUGGUCCCAUCCACAGCAGUCUUCUGGAGCAGAAUCCAUGUUUCAGCGGUCGACACGGCUGCGACAUUAACGCUGUCUGUACACCUGGCGAGGGCGUCCGGUUCAGCUGUGAAUGCACAGCUGGUUUCGCUGGAGAUGGACGAUAUUGCCACGAUAUUGACGAGUGCAGAGAGACUCCUUCAGUGUGUGGACCCAACGCCGUCUGCAGUAAUCAGCCUGGAAGUUUCCGCUGCGAGUGCUCCACCGGCUUUGUGUUCGCCAGUGAUGGAAAGACGUGUGUCGAGGAGAACCGUCCAGUAGAUCACUGCCAGAGAGGCUCUCAUGACUGCGAUGUUCCACAGAGAGCCCUGUGCAGCUACACCGGAGGCUCAGCCUACAUCUGCUCCUGUCUGCCGGGGUUUGAGGGUAACGGCCGGGUGUGUCGGGAUGUGGAUGAGUGCCAGCAGCAGGAUCGAUGCCACGCUGAGGCCUCCUGCUCCAACACACAGGGCUCCUUUACCUGUCAGUGUCGUCCUGGUUUCCACGGAGAUGGCUUCCACUGCAGUCCCACGUUCUCAGAGCGUGAGAAGACCCGGUGUGAGCGACAGAGAGAGAGUGCUGUAGCCGGCUCUGACGUUGGCUUCUCAUUCCGUCCUCGUCCGACUGUCAGUCGGUAUGUUCCCCGGUGUGACGAGCACGGAGCUUACGAGCCCACGCAGUGCCACCAAAGCAUUGGGCAGUGCUGGUGUGUGGACGCCAACGGGCAGGAGAUCCCCGACACCCGCACAGGACCUCACAGUAGCCCUCCUCUUUGCAUCGAUCAGGCAGUUACUCCCGCUCCGAUCGGUCCCACGCCGCGGCCUGAUGUCCAGCCCAUCGCUCCUGGAGCAUACCUGCUGUUCGCUCAAAGCGGGAAGAUCGAACAUGUGCCACUUGAUGGAUACAUCAUGAGGAAGGAGGAGGCCAAACCUCUGCUGCACGUCCCUGAUCGAGUAGUGAUCGCUGUGGCGUACGACUGUGUGGAGAAGAUGGUUUACUGGACCGACAUCACUGGACCAGCAAUCAGCAAAGCCAACCUCACUGGAGGAGACAUCGUUCCAGUUGUUACUAAAGAGCUGCAGAGUCCUGAAGGCAUCGCCAUCGACCACGUGGCCCGCCUUAUGUUCUGGACUGACUCCAUGCGAGACACCAUAGAGGUCUCAAAGCUGGACGGCAGUCACCGGAGAGUCCUUUUUGACACUGACCUGGUGAACCCUCGACCCAUCGUCACCAACCCAGCAUACGGGCGGCUGUACUGGGCAGACUGGAAUAGAGACGGGCCUAAAAUUGAGAUGUCCAACAUGGAUGGGACUGAGCGAAUUGUCCUGGUCAAAGACAAUCUAGCACUUCCCAACGGUCUCACCUUUGACUAUGAAAACCAACAGCUAUGCUGGGCAGAUGCAGGGACUCGGAAGGUGGAGUGUAUGGAUCCUCACCGCCAACUGAGGCGGAAUAUUGUCGAAGGGAUCCAGUAUCCGUUUGCCCUGGUUUCCUUUGGAAGAAACCUGUAUUACACUGACUGGAGGAGGGAGGCCGUGGUGGCUGUGGAUCGUCACUUGGAGAAAGAGACAGAAGAGUUUCUGCCACAGAAACGCUCUCGGCUGUACGGCAUCACCACAACAGCAACACAGUGUCCACAGGUGUAUAACUACUGCGCUGACAACGGCGGAUGUUCUCACCUGUGCCUGCCACGGCUCGGAGGGCUCUCCUGUCGCUGCCCGGACACGACCGACGGUCAGUGCGAGAAGGUCCUGUGAGCUGAAGACGACGUGACGAUUUCAACUUUUUUUACUUGAACUUUAAAAUUUCUGUAGUCAUUUUAGAGUCUUAUGAGCUUUUGAAAGCUGUUCAAACCUCACUGUGUCUGUCCUCACUGGUUCUCACAUCUGCUGAUUGUUGCAGUCCAAAGUGAAAAACACAGAUUUACCCGAUUGGGUGAUGAAUAUGUGACAAGGUACAGUUGUUUAUAGUUUAUAUUGUGUACUUUCAGCCUGCUUAUUGCUUUCUGAUGGAUGUGCUCUAAAAGGUUUUUGUGUCAAAUAUUCUUCUGGAGUUAGUGAUGACCACAGUGCCUCCGAGUUUUGUGAACAGCGUUUUCCUGCUUUGACUUUUUUUUUGUUUUUUUUUACUGGAUUUCUUGAUUAAAACAUUAACAUGUCUCAGGUUUGACGCCUGGAUUUUCACACUAGUGAGUUAGUGCUUCUGCUUCAUUUACAGGAAACAAAUGGAAUAACUGUUAGAUUGUUUCAUACAGCAUUUCUUCAGUUCAACCGUACCAACGUGACAUGAUUAUAUAGCUCAGCAACCUUACAUGAUGAAAUGAAAUGUGAAUUUUCGGCAGGACUAACAUACUCAGUGAUUUUAAAGUCUGCAGGUGGACCUCUAACAGGGAGCCUGUGACAAACAUUUAUUCUGUUUGUUCCAAACCCCGCAGUGUAUUUUUAUAUGAAUGUAAAUAUUUACCCAAUAUGCCAACAGUAUUCUCUCUUGUUUAAAUGGUGCUGAUGUAAGCCUGAGAUCUACCUGAUGAUGGUGAUUGCUGUGACGGUGUGUGAAACAGUGCUCCUGCUGAACUCUACCUCCAGUCUGUGCUCCAUUUUUCAGUGAUGAUUAAAGAUAAACAACUGGUCUAA